AUGCCUGUCAUUGAGAUCAAAAGCCAAGAAGACUACGAGAAACUCCGCAAGAAAUACAAAGUCGUCAUCAUCAAUGCCAAUGCUUCAUGGGCCGGUCCCUGUAAGGCCAUGAGCCCUAUCUACGACAGACUCUCCAACCAAAUCCCCUACAACCCGGAGCUCUUCGUCCUCGCUAAACUAGACAUCGACGACGUACCUGAUCUUGCUGAAAAACUCGACGUUCAAGGCGUCCCGUUUUUCAUGAUUUACGAGAAUGGGAAGAGAAAGGAGAGUUUCUUGAUGCCCAGCCCGACUACACUCCAGAAGUUUCUUAUCAUGUGGUCUGACAAAGCUCAUGAGUUAGGGAAAUAA